GCUUCCUCGUGUGUAUGCGCAGGGGCGUCCACUAUGAGCAUGGGCGUGUUCAGCAGCCAUCUGGCUCAAACGAACAUCGCCAACGUGCACGCCUUACCGCACCAACUUUUUCUCGAGUUCGCUUUUGUGACGUGCGCGCCACGAUGGCUCAGAAGGCGCCUGCCCGAGCGUGCGUGCUGAUCCCUCUCCUCGCCCGCGGCGUCUUCGGCACGACCGCAGCGGUGGAGGUCGACCCUCAGGAGGACACCGUGCUCGUGCAGCUCGGCAUGGACGCCACGAGCUUCGACUUCGCCCGCGUGAGUUCCGUGGAGGCGCCGCUUCAUUGUCUGCGGAUUGUCACUGGCACUGGGACCCACAACGAUGGCAGCGUGGACGUGAACGUGGAUGUGGGCAGUGGAUUUGUGCAAGAGGCCUCUGGAUUCUUUGUCCUAGGUGUAACAGUGCUCUCAAAGUGUUUUUCCAGCGCGGUCCUGGCGCUGCAGAUGCACAAUCCAACAAGGAAUGCAUGGACAGGCAGUAUGCUGUAUUCCACAGAUGGUGGCAACACGUACGUAGCUGUUGCAUGCGCAGACUGUUCGGGGACUACUACAGAUUCACGCUCCAUGGUUUUCGAUGGAGACACCGACGGAGAAAGCCAGGCUUCGACUCAGUGCCUCAAUGGAAAUACGUGCAGCUUCAUUAUGCCGCCGACGAUCGCGACAACCAUUCCGACGCCCAGUCCUAUGCCGAGCCCAGGGUCCAGCCUGACGCCCAGCCCAACUGUGCCGCUUUAUUGUCUGCAGAUUGUCACUGGCACUGGGUCCCUAAAUGAUGGCAACCUGGACGUGAACGUGGAUGUGGGCAGUGGAUUUGUGCAAGAGGUCUCCGGAUUCUUUGUCCUAGGUGUAACAGUGCUCUCAAAGUGUUUUUCCAGCGCGAUCCUGGCGCUGCAGAUGCACUGUCCAACAUUGGACGCCUGGAUAGGCAGUAUGCUGUAUUCCACAGAUGGUGGCAACACGUACGUAGCUGUUGCAUGCGCAGACUGUUCGGGGACUACUACAGAUUCACGCUCCAUGGUUAUCGAUGGAAACGCCGACGGAGCCAACCAUGCUUCGACUCAGUGCCUCAAUGGCAAUACGUGCAGCUUCAUUAUGCCGACUCUUGCGCCGACGACAGUUCCUACACCAUUGCCUACGCCCGCGCCGACCUCAGUGCCGACGCCAGCACCGACCCCGGCGCCGACGCCUGCCCCUACGCCUGCAGCGAUUGCUGCUGCAGUCGGGGAUCCCCACCUGACAAAUAUGUACGGGGAGCGUUUUGAUCUCUUCAAGGUCGGCAGACACUUGCUGGUCCAGGUCCCACAGUCUGCAGAAAAGAGCGCGACGCUCCUGGCCGUCGCGGCCGUGGCACAGCGUUUUGGUGACGCCUGCUCGGACGUUUAUUUUGUGUCCCUUAAUGUGACCGGCAAGUGGGCGGACGACGUGCGCGAGGGCGGCUUCCAUUACACCUCCAAGCAGCCUCGGGCCCACCGCAAGGGAACGGGCUGGAUGAGCUUCCACGGCAUUAAAUUGAAGACCGUAUGGGGCCGAACUGGCGGAGGCAUUCCCUACCUGAAUAUGUUCGUCAAGAAUUUGGGCAAGUCGAGAUAUCCAGUCGGCGGUUUGCUCGGCGGUGGGGACCAUUCGUCGGUCACCAAAACCGACUCGCGCUGCAAGCGCAUACUCGUUCUGUAGAAGGACCUUUUGUCACCAAAAUCUUACUUAGCUUUUUGAGUACUGCCACGGCUCAUCCGUAGGUGCGAGAGAAGCACAAUUUUUGGCAUGGGCGUGUUGUGGCCGUCCUCGCUCUGGUGAGACUGGCAGGUGAGCCAGAGCCGGGCCUGGUUCCCUGCUCGCCGGGCGAUUGAGAGGGAAAAUGAGAAGACGAUC